AUGGAUAUUCGAUACUUUCUCGAAAUAUUUGAUCUCAAACAUCGACACGGAAGCAAUCUGUGCUCGUAUCACACGUAUUGGCGGAAGUCAUUAUCAAACAAAAACUUCUUCUAUUGGUUGGAAGGCGAUGGACAAAAGAAAAUGGACCUUCCACUAUGCUCACAAGACUUGAGAAAGAACAUAUCCGUUAUCUCACAGGCGAGGAAGGUUGAAUUACAUGGUGAUGAGACUGGGCUAUUGCGCUGGGCCAAAAACAAUGAACUCGAUGAGCAAGUCUUAUUUCAUGGUCGCUGGAAUUGA